CUCUCGUGAGUGUGCCUGCUCUCUACCGAAAAGCUCAUCCAGCAUUCAAUUCCUUGUCUAAGACGUCUUGGAAACCUCGCCUUCGUCGCAUCUCCUUCACAAAAAUCCAACCAUUUAGUGCCUACCAACAUCUUUACAAAACCUACUCUGUUCUUGGAUUCGAUGGUGGUGAGAUCGAGGCUGUCGCCAGAUUUACGAUGCUUUGGCCGCGAGUCUUCCGCUUUCUCUCUGCAAGUGCCCUUCUUGCACACUCGGGAGACGCGACAUCAAUCACUUUUCUUUCUACCUUCUCUCCCUUUCUCUCGGUAGCAGCGACACAAAGAUACGCUUUUGUUGCUGGUCAACGCAUUUUUCUACCAGCAUGUCUAAUUCCUCCCUAAUCUUCCUUUCUUUUUCUUGGACAAGAUGAUCCAAUAAAGAGACCAAAAGCUACAGAAUCCCAUGCAAGACUUUGAUGCACGAGCAUCCCUUCGGAUCUCAAUCUUAAAAGCUUUUAGCUAGAAAGAUUUGUUGCUCGUGCAUGUGGUUUUGGUGCUAAAGAAGUUCUAUUGGCUGCAUCAUUACAUCAAACUUCAACGCCUUCGUAGUUGGAUUACUCCCAACCUUGUAAUUGUCUCCACGAAUCACAUUGUUCAUCUCAAUGUGUACUGUAGGAAUUACGGAUUGAAACAUGUUCUAUGUUAAUCCAGAUUCAACUAGUGAUUAUAGAACAAGCAACCCAUCUAAACUUUCAAUGCGUGUUUGUGUUAAUCUGUUACAGAAACAGCAACAAUCCAAACCAACAUAAAAUAAGCAGGAGAGCAAAUCUCUCUCUUCUAUUCUUGGGGGCUACUCUGGCUUGCAUAGAAAAGGUGAGGGUCUUGCCUUCUUUCUCUUCUUGCCCACUCCCAUGGGACUCGUGAAAAGGUGAAGCUUUUCCCCACUACUAAGAGGAAAAAGGUCGGUGUGGGUGCUGACCACCUUGCCCCCACACACUGCCUCUUGAAUUGGUGCCAGUAAAAGCCAAGACCUAUCCCACACCAUUUGCAGCAAAAAGCUGAUUCUUUGACAACCAUUAAGCUGUCUGGCACAGAAGACAACCUUGGUAUCUUAAGCUUCUUUUGAGAUAACUGGUCCACAACAGGAGGAAAACCCUAAUAGAACCAGUCUCAUUUGAGGUAACCAGUGCCACUUUAUCCCUCACUUUCGUCCCUUUUGAGGCUUGCUUACCUUUAGUUUCUCACCUUUAAAAUGCUCUUUACAUUCACUGGUCAAAAUACUCGUCUUUAUUUUUGCUGAGAAACCUUGCUUAAGGCUAUGUCUGUCUUGGGUCUGGCUGUCAGCUCAUGCCAAAGAGGAUUUAGUUUAUCUUCAUAUUCAAUUAAUGCACUAAUUUUGAGUUGUAUCUUGAGACAUGCUAAGUGCUCUAAUUUCUGGUCAAGCAAAUAUCAUUCACAAGAUGAUAUGUAAAGAACCUCUGGCUCAUUUGUGAAGAAUAUAAUGAACCAAUCAAUAUGAUUAGAAUAAUAGGUCAAUAGAUGAGUUUAUGAGGAAUAGUAUGAUAAUCUUUGGAUGGUCACCAACAAGUUGUUGUGUCAGGAUUCAGCAAAGAAAAAUGUGGGAUGAACUUUGACAUUUAUUGUGCUUGUAUGACUUUCAAGAAAAGGUCCACCAUUUAUUAUCUUAGGCCUCAGAAAGGACACCAAAAAGAGUGAGCAAUUCUAGAGUGUCUCAUAUGUCAAUGUCCCUGCGGUCCUUGAUAAACUCAUGGGCACUUGGACUCUUCCUGUCUUGGGCUUAAACCUUCCUAUUUGGGUGUUUUAUUGUUUGGAUUGUGUUGCAUGGUGGAGAAACUGUGAUGCUUGGUAGGAGCUGGAGAUUCUGAAGACCCAUUGGUCUCUCUGGCUUGAGCUGUUUCUAACAAUCUAUGCUCAUGGAAUUUGAGGGAGAGCAUGGCAUUCAUAUGCAGUAUGUGAAAUGCCAAAACCAUUUGUUGGAGAAGAUGCAGUCCAACAAGACAUCCUCCAGACACAAACAUUCCAAGAGUGAUUUGGAGAAGGGAAACAAUGACUCUUCGCUUAGAUCAGUUCAUCAUGACAAGCCGGUUAUGGGAAAUUCCAUCGGUGACAGUAAGAUCGAGGAUAAGCCAUCGCUUGGAGCUAAGGUCCAAAGCUCGUUAAAGCAAGAGAUUCUGCAACUUGAAGCACGGCUACAGGAUCAACUGAUUACACGAUGCUCUCUAGAAAAAGCAUUGGGACAUAGCUCUUCUACAGUUUGUUCUUCAAAUGAAACUUUGACAAUAAUGCCUACAAAGGAACUGAUAAGGGAGAUAGCUGUUUUAGAGUUGGAGGUUAUGCAUCUGGAGCAGUAUCUGUUGUCACUUUAUCGCAAAGCUUUUGACCAGCAGACAUCUAUCUUGAGUUCCCAAUCAGAGUUGCUUCGUGAAUCUGCAGAACUUAAAACCUCAUCUAAGAGAGGGAACUCAAGAGUGCAAUCUAGUCGGACAUUGGUGCCUCAGAAAUGGACUGCCAACUCAAUGAAUGAAGACUGUGAAGUCAAGUGUCAACAUAAGCUACUUGGUCCUGGUGUUCACCGCAGCCAUUCGUCUCUUUCAUUCCGUGCGGUUUGUUCUGCUAGAAUUUCACCUUCAGAAGAAACUCUAGCCAGAGCACUUCACUCAUUUCAUUCUCAACCUUUGUCUUUUCAUGAGGCAAAACAUACUGCUAAUUCAGGCGAGAUCAGCUUAGCAGAAUAUCUCGGGACUAGCACCACUGAUCAUGUUCUGGAGACUCCUAAUAAACUUUCAGAAGAGAUGGUCCGUUGCAUGGGAGUUGUCUAUUGCGAGCUUGCUGACCCUCCUUUGGUUUAUCACGCUCUUUCAUCUUCUCCUGCUUCAUCCUUCUCGUCUAUGAGUGCACUUUCUCCCCAACAUCUGGGAGAUAUGUGGAGUCCUGGCUGCAGAAGAGAAUGUACUCUAGAUUCUCGGUUAAUUAAUCCUUUCCGAGUCGAAGGACUGAAAGAAUUCAGUGGACCAUACAAUGCAAUGGUGGAGGUGCCUCUUAUUUGUAGAGACCGUCGGAGACUGAAGGAUGUUGAAGAUAUGCUGCAUAAUUAUAAGUUUAUCCUUCGUCAAUUGGAGACAGUGGAUCCAAAGAAGUUGAAAAAUGAUGACAAGCUUGCCUUUUGGAUAAAUGUACAUAAUGCUAUAAUCAUGCAUGCAUACAUAAAAUAUGGAAUCCUUGAGGGUAACGUGAAAAGAACUUCUUUGCUCAUCAAGGCUAUGUGCAACAUAGGUGGUCGUUCUAUAAAUGCAGCCAUGAUACAAGGCUAUAUUCUUGGGUACAGGACACACUGUAACGGGCAGUGGCUUCGGACAUUGCUUUAUUCAAGGUUGAAGCAAAAGGCUCGAGAUGAAUGGCGAGCUUAUGCAAUUGAACAACCAGAGCCUCUUUUGCAUUUUGCACUUUGUUCAGGAAGCCAUUCUGAUCCUGCGGUCCGAGUAUAUCAUUCCGAUAGAGUGUUCCUGCAGCUGGAAUCAGCAAAGGAAGAGUACAUUCGUGCGAGUGUCGGUAUAUGGGAAGAACAGAAGAUCCUUCUACCAAAGGUCCUAGAAUCAUAUGCCAAGGACACAAAACUAAGCUCACAGAGAUUGGUGGACAUGGUUCAGUGUUACCUUCCAGAGACUCUCAGGAUGGCCAUGCAGAGAUGCCAACAAGUCAGAUCCAAGAAGACCAUCGAAUGGGUACCUCACAACUUCAAUUUUAGAUAUCUGCUAUCAAGAGAAUUAGUGUCUCAACAGAUAAAAUGAGAGUGAGGAUAGACUUGUAUGAGUUUGAUUGUUCCUUUUUCUUUCCCCAUUUCCUUUCCUGUAUAAAAAUGUCAAUGAAUUGUAUAACAAGAUUGCAAUGUAUUUUAUUACAUGUGCAUAAUUCAAUUGGGCUUGGUGAAGUUUUGAUUGCAAGGAAA